AUGAAGUUCACCCUAGGCCUGGGGUCGCGGGCGUGGAGAGUGUCCUGGGAGCGGGCGGCGGCGGCGGGCCCGGGGGCGGGCGGCGGCGCGCUCGGCGGCGGCGCACGGCGCUCUUCCAGCCCGCGGCCCGGCCGCCGCGGCUCUCGGCUCGCGCGCGCCCUCCCUCUAUGCCUCUCCCGCGGCGGCGGCGCCCCAGCUCUCCCGGACCGCGCCGGGCCCAGCCCCGGCCGCCUCGGCGCCAGGCAGCCGGCCGGCCCGCGCGCCAUGGAGCAGACGUACGGUGAAGUGAACCAGCUGGGCGGCGUGUUCGUCAACGGCCGCCCCCUACCCAACGCCAUCCGCCUGCGCAUCGUGGAGCUGGCGCAGCUGGGCAUCCGACCCUGUGACAUCAGCCGACAGCUCCGCGUAUCGCACGGCUGCGUGAGCAAGAUCCUGGCGCGCUACAACGAGACGGGCUCCAUCCUGCCCGGGGCCAUCGGGGGCAGCAAACCCCGCGUCACUACCCCCAACGUGGUCAAGCACAUCCGGGACUACAAGCAGGGCGACCCCGGCAUCUUUGCCUGGGAGAUUCGCGACCGGCUGCUGGCCGACGGCGUCUGCGACAAGUACAACGUGCCUUCUGUGAGUUCCAUCAGCCGCAUCCUGCGCAAUAAGAUUGGCAGCCUGGCGCAGCCCGGGCCCUACGAGGCGAGCAAACAGCCGCCGCCGCAACCGGCGCUGCCCUACAACCACAUCUACCAGUAUCCCUACCCCAGCCCCGUGUCGCCCACGGGCGCCAAGAUGGGCAGCCACCACGGGGUCCCGGGCACAGCGGGCCACGUCAGCAUCCCCCGUUCAUGGCCCUCGGCUCACUCGGUCAGCAACAUCCUGGGCAUCCGGACGUUUAUGGAGCAAACAGGGGCCCUGGCGGGGAGCGAAGGUGCCACUUACUCCCCGAAGAUGGAAGACUGGGCUGGCGUGAACCGCACAGCCUUCCCCACCAGCUCCUCGGUGAAUGGGCUCGAGAAACCUGCCUUGGAGGCGGACAUUAAAUACACGCAGUCGGCCUCUGGCCUCCCUACGGUGGGCGGCUUCCUCCCGGCCUGCGCCUACCCGGCCUCCAACCAGCAUGGCGUGUAUAGCUCGCCGGCCGCCGGCUACCUCGCCCCAGGCCCGCCGUGGCCACCGGCGCAGGGUCCCCCGCUGGCGCCCCCUGGGGCUGGCGUCACCGUGCACGGUGGGGAGCUCGCCGCAGCCGUGACCUUCAAGCAUCCCAGCCGAGAAGUGGCCGACCGGAAGCCUCCCAGCCCCGGCGGCAAGGCCCCCGACGGCCUUGGGAGCUUACACGGACUGCCCAUCCCGGCCUCGACCUCCUAG